GCCGACCUCCUGCUGCUGUCCAGCAGUGAGCCUCUCAACCUGGUGUAUGUAGAAACUGCUGAGUUAGACGGUGAAACCAAUCUGAAGGUGAAACAGGCCCUGACUGUAACUGGAGAGCUGGGGGACAGCGUGGACGCACUGGCUGGUUUCAACGGUGAAGUGCGCUGUGAGCCUCCCAACAACCGUCUGGACAAAUUCAAAGGCACCAUGACUCUGAGCGGACAGGCCUACUCCCUGGACAACGACAAGGUGCUGCUGCGAGGAUGCACCCUGAGGAACACGGAGUGGUGCUUCGGCCUGGUCAUCUUCGGAGGUCCCGACACCAAGCUGAUGCAGAACAGUGGAAAGACAACGUUCAAACGGACGAGCAUCGACCACCUGAUGAAUGUCCUGGUGUUGUCUAUCUUCGGUUUCCUGGCGUCCAUGUGCACCGUCAUGGCCAUCGGCAAUGCGAUCUGGGAGACGCAUGAGGGCUUCGUGUUCACGACCUUCCUCCCCCGGGAACAAGGUAUUGAUGCCGCCCUCUCCUCCUUCCUGUCCUUCUGGUCCUACGUCAUCGUCCUCAACACGGUGGUGCCCAUCUCUCUCUACGUCAGCGUGGAGAUCAUCCGCCUGGGGAACAGCUUCUACAUCGACUGGGACAGGAAGAUGUACUACCCCAAGAGCGACACCCCCGCCCAGGCGAGGACCACCACGCUCAACGAGGAGCUCGGGCAGAUCAAGUACAUCUUCAGCGACAAGACGGGGACCCUGACGCAGAACAUCAUGACUUUCAACAAGUGCUCCAUCAACGGGAGAUGUUUUGGGAAGCUUCUUGACUUUGCCGGACGACAAGUGGAAAUCACAGAGAAGACGGAGACGGUGGACUUCUCCUGGAACCAGCUAGCGGAUCCGAAGUUCGUCUUCUACGACCACAGUCUGGGGGAGAUGGUGAAGGAGGGAAACCCUGAGGCUAAGGCCUUCUUCCGCCUGCUGGCUUUGUGCCACACCGUCAUGCCUGAGGAGAAGAAAGAGGGAGAGCUCUACUAUCAGGCGCAGUCUCCCGACGAGGGCGCUCUGGUGACGGCGGCGAGAAACUUUGGCUUCGUGUUCCGCUCACGUACGCCAGAGAGCAUCACGGUCUUCGAGAUGGGCAGAAAAGUCAUCUACGAACUUCUGGCCGUCCUUGACUUCAAUAACGUGCGCAAGAGGAUGUCGGUCAUAGUGCGUAGCCCCGAGGGGAAGUUGACUCUGUUCUGCAAAGGAGCGGACACCAUCAUCUUUGAAAGACUCCACCCGUCCUGCAAGAAACUGAUGGAUGUCACCAACAGUCACCUGAACGAAUACGCAGGCGAAGGUCUCCGCACGCUGGCUCUCGCCUACAAGGAAAUAGAUAAGAGCUACAUGGAAAACUGGAGAGAGCGCCACCAUGAGGCCAGCACCGCCAUGGACGGACGGGAGGAGCGGCUGGAUGAACUUUACGAGGAAAUGGAGAAAGAUCUUCUGCUGCUGGGAGCGACCGCUGUGGAGGACAAGCUGCAGGACGGAGUUCCACAGACAAUAGAGCAACUGGCUAAAGCUGACAUCAAGAUUUGGGUGUUGACCGGAGAUAAACAAGAGACGGCGGAGAACAUCGGCUACUCCUGCAACAUGCUGAGAGAGGAUAUGAAGGAGAUUUUCAUCGUGGCAGCGAACACGCCUGAAGGAGUCAGAGAGGAGCUGCAGAAUGCGAGAAGGAAAAUGUGUCCAGAGGCCGAGGAGGAGCCGAGCGUGGUCCGGGCUCGUGCCGGCCUCUUCUGGAGUCACAAAACUGAGACGGUGCAGGAUGAGAAGGUGGACGGAGAUUACGCCCUCGUUAUAAACGGACACAGUCUGGCCUUCGCUCUCGAUAAGAACCUGCAGCUGGAGCUGCUGAGGACAGCGUGCAUGUGUCAGACGGUGGUUUGCUGCAGGGUCACUCCUCUGCAGAAGGCCCAGGUGGUGCAGCUGGUCAAGAAAUACAAGCAGGUCGUCACUCUGGCCAUCGGGGACGGGGCCAACGAUGUCAGCAUGAUCAAGGCUGCUCACAUCGGCGUGGGCAUCAGUGGGCAGGAGGGCAUGCAGGCCGUCCUCUCCAGCGACUUUUCCUUCGCCCAGUUCCGUUACCUUCAGCGCCUCCUGCUGGUGCACGGCCGCUGGUCGUACCUGCGCAUGUGCAAGUUCCUACAGUAUUUCUUUUACAAGAACUUCAUCUUCACCUUCGUGCAUUUGUGGUACGCCUUCUUCUGUGGCUUCUCUGCGCAGACUGUGUACGACGAGUGGUUCAUCACUUUGUACAACCUGGUGUACACAGCUCUCCCCAUCCUCGGUUUGAGCCUCUUUGACCAGGACGUGAACGACCGCUGGAGUUUCCAGUAUCCUCAGCUCUACUCUCCGGGCCAGCUCAACCUCUACUUCAAUAAGAAAGCCUUUGUGCGCUGCCUGUUGCACAGCUGCUACAGCUCCCUCAUCCUCUUCUUCAUCCCGUGGGCGGCCAUGCACGACACAGUCCGGGACGACGGCAAAGACAUCGCCGACUAUCAGUCCUUCGCUUUGCUGGCACAGACGUCUCUGCUUGUUGUGGUGAACUUACAGCUGUGUCUGGACACCUACUACUGGACGGCAGUGAACCAGUUCUUUGUGUGGGGCAGCCUCGCCGCCUACUUUGCCAUCACAUUCACCAUGUACAGCAACGGCAUGUUCUUCAUCUUCACCUCCUCCUUCCCCUUCGUUGGUACGGCGAGAAACUCUCUGAACCAGCCCAACGUGUGGCUGACCAUAUUCCUGUCCACGCUCCUCUGUAUUCUGCCGGUGGUGGCGGUCCGCUUCAUCCUCAUCCAGCUCCGGCCCACCAUCAAUGACAAGAUGAGGCAUAAGGUGCGGAAGGAGGCGUUGCCAGCCCUUGCAACUCGUCUCAAGCCAAGGAUAAUCAGCACCCGGCGCUCAGGCUACGCCUUCUCCCACUCCCAGGGCUAUGGGGACCUGAUGACGUCCCGGAGGUUCCUGCUGAAAAGGCCCCCGAAGGGUCGAACCGUCCUGUUCACCACAACAGACUCUCCUCUGGCCCAGAAUCAGCCUCAGCACUACCGCAACAUCACAGAGGUGCAGGAGGAGGCUCAGGGCCGGUAGAGAGGAGGUGAGCAGGGACCGAAACAUCUGCAGGGACCAACCCAACGAUGCAGAAGGUUUUUAUUUUGAAGCUUAUGAGAGGAUGCGCAGGGUAAAGUUCACCACCUGGAUUCUUGAACAUUACGUGUUGAGGCUGUAGCUCCGUACGCUCCUACUCUCCUCUGCUCUGACUUCACCUCCAGAUGUUUUUCUAACGGGUGAAUAUUUCUAUCAUUGUUAAAAAAAUGUUUGCAGCUCUCACACAGGAAGUACAACUGUCUUAAACUGUACUCGACUUUACAGUUGAUGGGAAAUCAAGUUAAAAUACGCAGUGAAGCUCAUAUUAAGCUUUGGGACACUCAGAACUGAUGAAUAUUGUGUCACACAAACCAAAUUCUUUAUCUUUCUAAUGGUUAAGUGAGAAACUGGAUCACUGCACUGCCUGAAACAUGAUGUUGCAUUUUGUGCCUUUUAAUUAUUUCUAAUUUUCCUCCAGUGAAUUGUGAAAACUCAGGGUGUCAUGUUGAGAAAGUGAUUUCUGUUGAUGAACAUAUUUUCCGCACUGUUGUUUACAUGAUUAUUUACAUUAAACAUUGUUUUAUUAUU